UCGGCCAACUAAACGCGCUGUCUGGGACCUUAAAGGCGGUGCACGGCGGCUGAUCUCAGAAAAUAAUGGGAGGUUUAGGAGUCGCAACCAGUUGAAAAUAAAACGAAGCCACAGCUCCUGGACCGGUUUGAAGUGGCGGUGGACGUGCAGCUAUUAUUUUCACCGUUUGGGAACGUCUAUUGGAAAACCCCCAUGCAGUCUGCGUCAGUGGAGCAGGGCUGCAGCAGUGCCUGUGGCGCCCCCGGUGGCUCGGUGGUGCAAGUGUGCUUCCCCAGUGUGCGAGCGGCGGUGCUGGACAGUCUGAACCGGCAGAGGGAGGAGGGCAGACUGUGUGACCUCUCCAUCCAGGUGCAGGGCCAGGUGUUCAGGGCCCACCGCUGCGUGCUGGCCGCCUCCUCGCCCUACUUCCACGACCAGGUGCUGCUGAAGGACAUGUCGACCGUCUCCAUCCCGGCGGUGAUGGACCCGCUGGCGUUCGAGAGCGUGCUGAGCUGCGCCUACACGGGCCAGCUGCGCAUGCUGCGCGACGACAUCGUCAACUACCUGACGGUGGGCAGCGUCCUGCAGAUGUGGCACAUCGUGGACAAGUGCACCGAGCUGCUGAAGGAGGGGCGGGGCGGGGGCGGCGGCCAGCCCGCCGGGGGCGGGGCCCAGGGCCACCCCAGCAGCAGCGGCGGGCCUGGAGGGGGUGUGGCCCAGCCCGGCGACGCCCACUCCGGCCCGCCCAGCCGGCCUUCCCUGAGCGAGAGCCAAUCGCCGAGCAGCACCAACUACUUCAGCCCCAGGGAGGCGGGGUUUGGAGGGGGAGGGGGCGGGGCCGGGGGCGGGGCGUCCGGGGGCGCGGGGGAAGGCGGGCUGAACUCGACGCCCAGCUACUGCACGCCCUCUGGCGGGGAGGAGAGCUUCCUGAUAGAGGACGAGGAGCAGGAGGAGGAGGAGGAGGAUGAGGAAGAGGAGGAGCUCCUUCUCUACCCCCGGAAGCGGGAGAGGGGAAGCGGGAGGAGGAAGAAGGCUGCGUCAGUGCCCGAGCAGGAGGCGGGCGUGAGUGACAGUUUCGGGGUGUCGUCCUACCAGGGCGGGGACCCCUUGCCCCCACUGAAGCGGCCCACCUACAGCCAGCCCAGCAUCAUGCCCCGCAAGCAGUGGGUGGUGGUGAAGACGGAGCGCGCCCAGGACGAAGAGCUCAUCGUGGUGUCGGGCGAGGAAGGAGGGGAGGAGGAGGAGGAGGAGGAGAGGGAGAGGGAGAGGGAGAGGGAGAGGGACCGGGACAGGGACAGGCAGAGGGAGAGGACCUUCAGCAUCUCCGACGUUAGAACUCUCUCUGCAGAGCUGAGCAGCCGAGCUGAAGCUGAGAUGCAGGUGGAUUACUGCCAGUCCUCUGAAGACUACCUCAAGUUCGACAGCGGCCUCGUGGACCAGGCCCCCCCUCAGCACCCCCACCACAGCACCUCGGGCUCCAGCGCGGGGGCCGCGAGCCGGUCCGCCCCUGCCCUCCUGGGCCCGGCCCAGAACAGUGGCCCCCGGGCCCAGCUCUUCCCCAUAGACAUGCAGGGGAACCAGAUCCUCCUCUACAGCCAGGCCUCCCUGGAUGGCUCCCCCUCCAUGGGGGCCUCCUCCCUGAAGGGGCUCGGCCUGGAGCACGGGGCGGUCCACCUCUCGGGCCACGGCGGCAGCGGAUUGGACGGGCCGGAGGGGGCGGGGGGCGGGGCCCUCGGCAAGGUGUUCAUGUGCCACUGCGGCAAGACGUUCACCCACAAGAGCAUGCGGGACCGGCACAUCAACAUGCACCUGGACCUGCGGCCCUUCCACUGCCCCGUGUGCGCCAAGAAGUUCAAGAUGAAGCACCACCUGACGGAGCACAUGAAGACGCACACGGGCCUGAAGCCCUACGACUGCCAGGGCUGCGGCAAGAAGUUCAUGUGGCGCGACAGCUUCGUGCGUCACCGGUCGCACUGCGAGAGGCACGAGGGCGCGGCCGUGGUCUCGCCCCCCCACCCCCACCCCCACCCCCACCAGCAGCACCUCAACAGCGACCUCAGCCAGAGUGGCGUGGCCGGCAGAAGUGGCGUCUCCGUUUUGUCGCCCCCUCAUCAUCCCGGCGGGGGCGGCGCCGGGCUUCCGGGGCUGACUCUGGCCGGGCCGGGCGGGCUUUUGGGGGUGUCCCAGCAGGGCGCCGCGCACGGUCUGGGGCCGGCGGGUUUGGGGCUGGGCGGGGCCCACGGCUCGUGUUCGGACGACGUGUGCGAAGUCAGCGUGAGCGAGAGCAGCAUCACUUAA